AUGAGUGGUCAGUCGCCGAAGACGACGGGUCUGUCGCCAAAGGAGGGGCCGCCGGGAACUAAGGUCACGAUUCGGGGCGAAAACUUAGGCAAAUCCCAGGAGGACCUGAUCUCUGUGUCCAUCUGCGGUGUGGAGUGUCUUAUGUAUAGCGAAUGGUUGACCUCACAGAAGAUCAUCAGCCGAUCGUCUCGUUGUAAAGGCUUGGGUGAUGUGAUUGUCACCACUCGGAGCGGCGGUCGCGGCUCAUCCACAGUGCAGUUCAAGGGCUACGAAGAGAUCGUCGGCCCCACCAAAGAGUCGGCCGUUUGGGUCAACGAAGACGACUACUACCAGUCGUCCGCCAGACACCGGCCGACGUCGCCGGCGAUGAUGUACUCAACGGAUCCGUUGGGUCUGUGCGUCGACGACGACUCGCCGACCAGCGGUCGCAGCGGAAAGAUUAGUGACUCUUUGUUUCGCGAGUUGUUUCCGGACGCGUUGGAGGCGACGCCCCAGUCGUACGCCAACAUCGCGUCCGACCACUUCCUCCCCGACUGGUAUCUCCUUCAACACCACAACAACACCUCAUUCAAUGACCUCAAGCGAGGGUUGGAUUCGCUUCGCGCCAAAUGCGAGGCACAGUUGACGCCCAACGCGUCGUCAGCGCCGGUGACUUUUCUCAAGACAAACGUAUUGCCAGUAAUUGAAUGCUUAGACGCGUUGAAAGCGCUUCAUUUGGCGCUCAAGAAAGACAAGCAAGAGGUGGGACCCGAUCUGAACGCAAAGGUGGACGACUUGAUCCGCAAGUCGACCGAAGAGGCGCACGCCAUCUUCGACGCCGUCCUCUCCCGCAAAGAUAAGGCCGACUCGACUCGCAAUGCACUCAAUGUUCUCCAGAGGUAUCGGUUUCUCUUCAAUCUUCCCUCAAAUAUCGACAAAAGUAUACUUAAAGGCGAUUACGAUAUUGUGAUCAAUGACUUCAGUCGCGCCAAAUCGCUCUUCUCUAACACAUCCGUCAAUGUCUUCGCGAAAGUGUAUUCAGAAGUCGUGCAAAGAGUGGAGAAGUUUCGGGCGAUGCUUAACGAGAAGCUUAGACUCAGCUGUUGUCAGAAUGACGGCCGCAAUGUUGACGAAGUGAAACGAUUGAUACGAUAUCUGAAUAGUUUAGACCAAUCGGGAGAUCCCGCCUGGGAUUCAAUCAAUACCAUUAAACAGACACUCCUCUCGUCCGUCGAGAAAUGUCGAGACAAACACAAGAACUCAAAGCCUAAACCCGUUGCCAUCGAAGCCGAAGACAUGAGUGACAACGAAGAGAGUGUUGGAUAUCCAGUGGAAGCGCCAAAACAAAUACAAUUUGUCGAAGAGUUAACUAAUUUGUUCAAUCAGUCGUUUCCGGAUUUGUUUCGUUUGGGAACCGCUUAUCUGAAUGGAGAUCUCUAUACUAAAGAGACGUUCGAACAGUUGAGAGCGAAAGACGAUGUCUUCCAUAAGGAAAUGGUUGAGAAACCGAUCCAAACACUGUGUGAUGAGAUGAGAGCAGCCAUUUUGCCCAACUCUAUCAAAAACAUGCCUCACGUCCAGCAGUGGUCGUACGAGAUCGACGAGCAACUGGUCCUGUGGUUACCUUAUUGUUUGCGGUGUGUAAUCAACUGUUGCUCUAAUCUCUCAAAACUGGAGCUGUCGUCGAAUCCCAACCAAAAUGUGUUGAAACCAUUGAUUCAAUUGAUUUUCGACCUUCGGGUCCAUUCGAUGCAAUGUCUGUUCAAUCAAAGCGCGUCUGAGAUCAAGAAUUUGCACACAAAGGAGAUGUGGGACAUACAGCUGGACGACACUGUCGGCGCUCGCACUCAGUUACCACUCCUAUACGAGUGCAAAGUUGUCGAGAUCUUACAGUUGGUUCGCGAGACUGUACUGCAGGUGCGCGGCACCGACGACACCGACAUCUUCAGCCAAAUCAACGUUCAGGGAUCAGUCAAACAGUUGGCCCAAACGCUGCUCCAGUCGUUCAUCUGCGCCCUCGAGAAGACAGUGUCCACUCCACACAACUCUCCCUCAUCGACGCCCAAAGCGCUGCCCCGACUCGAAGACCGGACACUCAUCGUGUUAUGCAAUUGUGGUUUCACUUACAAUCAGGUGAUACCACGGCUUCACGAGUCGUUCGAGAAGUUUGGUUAUCCGGACAUGAAUUUAGUGAUGAAAAUCACGCAAAACAAGUUCAAAGACCUCGAGAAUCGACUCUUCGAUCAGUACAUCGAAGGGAAGUGCGAUGUCGUGAUCGGAGGCAUAGAGCCGGCCAUGUAUUUGUUUGAGACCGAAUGGUUCACCACUAAUGCCACGCCCAGUGAUGUCAGCUAUUAUGUGAAAGAGAUGCUCAUGAAUCUGAUCGAGAUUCAGGCCGAGGUCUACCAAAUAGCGCCCGCAUUAGUCGAGAAAGUGAUGUAUUUUAUAGUAGAGUCGGCGCUCGAAGAAGUGGAACGACUAUACGAUAGCAUUGCGGCCAAAAUCACGGACACGGCUCGAGUCCAGUCGGUGAUCGAUAUCGGCGCUCUUCGGCUGGCGUUCGCUCACUCGAGGCAAGAGUUGACGGUUUUGUCGAAUAAGAAACUCAACGAAUGCCUGAACUGUCUAUUGGUUCACAAUUACGAUAUCAACGAUGAUUUGGUCGACAAAAUACUCAACACAUUUGAACAGUCAAUGCAUUUGCAGUUAAGUUGUUUCCGAUACGAGUUCGAGGGACUCCUGUUAACCGUUUGA